UCCCCAAGCACCUCGAAAUCCCUCAAAGCACCUCAAAAUUCCUCUUCCGUGCUCGUGAGAGCAGAGGCUUUCCGCAUUUCUUGUGCUGUCAGCCCACCCCCGGCCGCCAACCCCGCGCCCCGUCCCUCCCGCAGUGCCUUCGCAGACCCAGGGCACGGCCCCCACGCGAAAUGGCAGCGCGGGUUUCGUCACACGGUGCACGAACGUGGCAGGGAUUUACCCCCUGCCCUCGGGUUGCUCCACGUGAGCUCAGGGGCCACGUUACACCGCGCGGAGGAAAUCCUGCCGGUAAACAAGCUCGGCAGCUGCCCGGGAUGGAUUACGGCCCUGUGGGCCAUGCCAGGGGCGAAGGGCUCCGACGUGCCCCGUGGGGGAGCGCUCGGUGCUGCUCUGCCUCCAAACUGCUCGCUUUUAAAGCCUUGGGCAAGGAUUUUCUGCAUCUCCUCCUUCCCAGAGCGCAUUUAGGUUAAAAAAAACCCAAAUUACCCCCCCAUCCCUGAGGUCUCGGCAGCCACCAGAGGGGCAGGACUGCGUUGUCGGGUGCUGCUGCCCCCCAGCUCUGCCCCAGUGGGUGUUGGUGGGCUGGGCAGGGCCCCCCCACCCAUGCCCGAGCCCUGCAGGGGAGCAGAGAGCUGAAACACGGGUCACGGGUGCUGGGUGGCCCUGCUCUCAUCAGCUGAAAUGCCACCGGGGCAACUGGGUGUCACUGUCACCCGAUCCCUGUGGCUGCUGGAAUGUCCUCCCGGGCGCUAUAUAAGGGCUGGCCAAGGAGCCGGCUUGCAGGGCGAUGGCUGCGCGGAGAGGGGCGUAAGGCAGGAGCCGGGACGCGGUGCCGAGGUCCCUCCGCCCCCACCACCACGCCACGAUGGUGGGUCUGAAGCCCCCCGAGGUGCCCCCAACAGCCACCAUGAAGUUCUUCAGCGCGGGGACGGCCGCCUGCAUCGCCGACCUCUGCACCUUCCCCCUGGACACCGCCAAAGUGCGGCUGCAGAUUCAGGGCGAGGUGCGGAUCCCCCGGAGCAGCAGCACCGUGGAGUACCGGGGUGUUUUGGGGACGCUGAGCACCAUGGUGAGGACGGAGGGACCCCGCAGCCUCUACAGCGGGCUGGUGGCCGGGCUGCAGCGGCAGAUGAGCUUCGCCUCCAUCCGCAUCGGGCUGUACGACUCGGUGAAGCAACUCUACACCCCCAAGGGUGCCGAGAGCACAGGGCUGACGGCGCGGGUGCUGGCGGGCUGCACCACGGGGGCAGUGGCGGUGACGUGCGCCCAACCCACCGACGUGGUCAAGGUACGGUUCCAGGCCAACGUGGCGCUGCCGGACGGCGCCCGGCGGUACAACGGCACCGUGGAUGCCUACCGCACCAUUGCCAGGGAGGAGGGCGUCCGCGGGCUCUGGAGAGGGGCGCUGCCCAACAUCGCCCGCAACGCCAUCGUCAACUGCGGGGAACUCGUCACCUAUGACCUCAUCAAGGAUGCGCUGCUGCGGGCGCAGCUGAUGACAGACAACCUCCCCUGCCACUUCGUAGCGGCCUUCGGGGCCGGCUUCUGCGCCACGGUGGUGGCGUCGCCGGUGGACGUGGUGAAGACGCGGUACAUGAACGCCGGCCCCGGGCAGUACCGGAACGUGCUCAGCUGCUUCCUGGGCCUGCUCAUGCAGGACGGCCUCGCCGGCUUCUACAAAGGGUUCGUCCCCUCGUUCCUGCGGCUCGGCUCCUGGAACGUGGUGAUGUUCAUCUCCUACGAGCAGCUGCAGCGCGUGGCGGCGCUGGCCCGGGCGGCCCAAUCCUGACCCCAACCCCCCAACCCCAGCCCCGCUCGUCAGCACUGGCGAGUCACAGCAGUAAAUUAUAUUAAUUGCUGAAGCGACGGGGGAGCAGCGACACCGAACCCCUCCCAGCCCGAGGGGGACACCCCAAGAGGGACCGGCAAGAUGGAAAGAGAAACGAUGCUGUUUGCAGAGAAACGUGGGAGAACGGAGGUUUCCAGAGAAAGGUUUAGGGAGGAAGAAAAGAAAAAAGGUUAUAGGGUUUUUUUCCAGCUGGGAAGAGCAUCACUUCCCGGCAGCAGCGGGGACAAGGCGGGACCGAGGCGAGGGCCGGGGGAUGUGGUGAUUCCUGUUAUUCCUCACGGACGCUUCCAAUAAACCACCCCCAUGGGGUCUGAUCGCA